AUGGAGGAGCUGACGCCAGUCGCUUCACUGCAUUCGCUGAUAUUGGACCUCCCGCCAAGCUGCGCCGAGUUCUGCCCCGCGCACCCUGAGUAUCUGGUGGUGGGAACGUACAACCUGCAGAAGGACGACAGCGAGACAGCGCCGGAGACCAAAGAGGAGGAUGAGGAGGCUUCUCCAGCAGUUCCCAAAGCCCAGAGCCGAAAUGGCAGCCUCGUCGUCCUCAAGGUCCAGGGCGACGACAUCUCGAUAGUGCAGACAGUCAUGCAACCAUCUGCUCUGCUAGAUCUCCGCUUCUACCGGGAUGUCCCGGAAUACCGAGACGUCUUGGCAGUCGUGUCCAGCACUGGAACCCUUGCCGUGUUCAAGUUCGACCCGCUCCGGGAUGCCAGCGCGCCGUUGCAGCACUUGGCCACGAGCAGAUGCGAGGACCUGGACGGCGACGUGCUGUUUCUGCAGUGCAACUGGCACCCAGUCGCGCGCAGGGUGCUUGGGGUGACCACUUCUACCGGGCUAGCAAGGCUGCUGCUGCUGGACCAUGAGUGGAAGAUUGCCAAGUCUGUCGACGUGGACGUUCAGAACUCUCUCGAGGCCUGGUGCAUAGCCUUCGCUCCUGUAGAUGCCGCAUCUCGCGCAGCAAACCAGCCCAUCUCAGUCUAUUGUGGGGGCGACGACUCCAUGCUUCGAUAUACGACCUGUCACUGGUUAGGAGGCGGGGAUGAACAUGACCCAUCAUCCAUUCUAGAGAUGCCAUUCGGCCCGGCGACAAUCAAGGGGCAGCACGAUGCAGGAGUAACGGCCAUUCUGCCCCUGCCGCUGUCCACGAGGGAUGGCGGCAGACUGGUCGUCACGGGGAGCUACGACGACCAUUUGCGAGUCUUUGCCAUCCAUGAUCUUCAUCAGUCGUAUGGCUUGAAGCGCGUGCAACUGCUGGCAGCCGCGAACCUGGGAGGGGGUGUGUGGAGGCUGAACCUGGUGAACAUUCGAACAACGGAAGGUUCAACAAAGAUACGGAUCCUGGCGUCUUGCAUGUACGCCGGAGCGAGACUUGUCGAGAUCGUGACUGACAGCAGCGGACAGGACUGUGCCUGCGUCGUUCUGGCCCGGUUCGAAGAACACAGAAGCAUGAAUUACGCCUCGGAUAUUGUGCCGGCGUCGCCUACGGAGAGUGGGAGGACGCGCAUUGUCUCAACCAGCUUUUAUGACAAGCUGCUCUGCCUCUGGGAAUACGAGCCGCGGUGA